AUGUCCAACGACAACCCUGAAUCCUCCGCCCAAGCGCUCGAGCGAUAUAUCCUCGCCCAGCUCGAAGGUCUAUCCCUCUCUGCCCCUCAAGAUGACAUCGAGAUGAUGGCCCGGUUCGUGGAAGAAGAAGGUCUGGAGCGGGAGGAGAAGGCUGAAGGUGUUAGGGGGAUGUUGGAAGGUGUUGUUGAUGGUGGCGAGCUGCCGGAAGAAGGAGUCGACGAGAUGCUCGACCGGGUCAUUGAUGAGCAGACUCGGUUGCAUGAGCUGGAUCUGGAGCGAGAGAGGGAAGAGGCUGAAACUAACCGCUCCCCCUCUCCCGAAAAAUUCGACGCCUCCAACAUCCUCUCCACCCUCACCCCCGAAGAACUCGCCGCCGCCCGCCGCCAGGCCCUCCUCCGCCAAUACGCCUACGUCGACGGCGAAGAAGGUCCCUCCGAAUACCCCCUCCCCGGCGCUCCCGACGCCGAAGGCCGUGGGGGCGCGCCGCCCAAGGGCGAGAAGGCGCGCGAGCUCGAAGCGAAACGACAGGCAGCAGAGAGGCAGAGGAUGAUCCAAGAAGCUUUGUAUAGAGAUGGGAGGAAGAAGAAGCAUAGGAAGAAUGAGGAGGUGGAUCUGUUGGCGCCGAAUCUGAAUAAGGAGAAGGCGCUUUAUGUUAUGGCGGCGCAGAGGGAGCAGCAGAAGAAGGCGAGUCAGGAUAGGAAGGAGAGGGAUAAGGCGGCGCUGGAUAAGCAGAGGGCGGAUCAGGCAAAGGCAAAGGCGGACAAGCAGAAGAAGGCCGCCAAGCAGGAGAGAAGGGCGUAG